AUGUCAAAACACCUAGAUGAUGAUCUAACGCAAAGCAGACUACUGCGAUACCACAAACUCGAACCAGAUGUAAAAACUUAUUUAUUCAAUCUACUAUCAACACAUAAUCCAAACUUGCUUCCAAAAUACUCAACAACAGACGUUCCAUAUACAAAAUUAGACCUACUAGAUUUAUUACAUGAUGGAGAAAUACUUUGUAAAUUAGGACAACUUCUAACCAAUAUACCCAGCAAUCCAACAACAAAAUACAAAUCAUCAUCAAUGCCAUUUAUCCAAAUGGAAAAUAUAAAUAAUUUUUUAUUAUUAUGUAAAAUUAUAAAAGUACCAGAAGAUGAAAUUUUUCAAACUAUUGAUUUAUUUGAAAAAAAAGAUCCUUAUUCUAUUUGUAUUUGUUUAAUGUCAUUUUCAAGAAUUGUUAAUAAUUUGGAACCUCAAGUGUUUAAUGAAGUUAUUGGACCUAAAAAGGUUAAAAUUAAACCUGUUGUUCCUAAUAAACCGAGAAAUUUAAAAGGUUAA